UACAUAAUUUUUGGUCCUGUUCGAGCAGGAUUCGUUUCGUUAGAAAAAUCUUCCUAUGCCUUAACGUUGAGGGUUUGAAAGAAUUAUUCAAAAUUUACAUUCGAUUGUCUCGGAAGUUACAAUUAACGAUUCCGAAAUUUGCAUUGAUAGUUUCGCAUUUCAUAGCAUUGUAUUUGAAUGAAAUAUUUGCCCUUCAUGUCGUACGUCGUGCGAGUCUGUAAACAUUUGUGUUAAAAUUUGCUUUCGUUGUUAUCUCUUAGUUAUCGUACUUAUUGGGUUUUCCAAGCGUUGCCCUUUUUUAUCACGCGCUAUUGCACCUUUUGUACACGAAUUUAUCCUUAUUAAAUCGUUGCAUUUGCAUUUUAUUUUGUCGUUAUAAUGGCUGCCAAAUUGAAACAAUUCCAAGCCUUUAGAAAUAUUUCGUUAACCACGCUUAAUACCAUCCACGCCUUAUCUCAACAGGCGCGCGGUGAUUUAUCGAUUAAAAAUUUGUUUAAUACGUGGUUUCAACAGGUCGAAUCUUGCAAAGAGACCUUUGACCUUAAUCAAGUAGAAAUAGUAUCGUUGUUAGCAGAUAAACCUGACAAUUUGCAACAAGAAAUCGAUGUAGGUGUAGAUUUUCUCGCUAAAUAUGUAGAAAUAAAAACUGUGUAUUUAGAAUUGUUCCCAAUUUCGCGUGUACCAAAUAGUAGUAAUCCUCUUCGGCAAUCGGUCGAUGAGGAACAAAAACAUUUCGUAGAUCGCUUGCAAAAAAUAGCUUUGCCUAAAUUCGAUGGCAACAUUCGUAAUUGGCCCCACUUUAGGGAUUUAUUUGUUAAAUUAGUCGACGAAAAACCAUACGCAGAUGUGGAAAAAUUUCACCUUUUAGCAGGUAGCCUUUCGGGCGAACCUCUUAAUUUAGUUAAGUCAAUUCCCAUUUCGGAUGACAAUUAUAAAAUCGCCUUUCAAGCCUUGUUAGAUAGGUACAAUAAUAAUCGAUUGUUAGCCACUUUGUAUUGGAAUGAAAUCCAAAAUAUCCCGAUUAUACCCGUCGAAUCCGCCUCGAGCUUGCGGAAAUUAUUGAACACUGUUCGUGAGAACUGUGAAGCUCUCAAAUUGUUGAACCUUGCCGACACUUGGGACUUUGUCCUCUUUAAUGUCAUUAUUCACAAACUCGACUCUGCUACGCGCAAAGAGAUUGAAAUUCGUUUAGAUAAAAAGAAAAUUCCUACAUUUUCAGACAUAGAGCCUUUGUUGAGCGAACAUUGUUUGUCGUUAGAAGCCUUACAGGCACCACUUUUGUUGAACGUGACUGAAUCUAAUAGCAAAAAUCCUCGUAGUUUCGAAUCGGUUGGCAAACCGCAAAAAUUGUCAUUGUCGUCGUCUGGUACUUUUACCAAAUCUCCUAGCAAGACCUCUCUGGUCGCAACUUCGUCGUCGCAGUCUCGUUCAAAACCUCCUCUCAAAUGCCUCUUAUGCUCUCGAAACCAUAGCCUAAUUAGUUGCCCUGCUUUCAACGAAAAGCAACCCCAAGAUCGUUACGAAAUCGCCAAACGUAAUCGCAUCUGUCUAAAUUGUCUGGGUAGUGGACAUGUCGUCGCUUCUUGUCCCUCCUCGCGGAAUUGCCGCACUUGUGACGCUCGUCAUCACACACUUUUGCAUUUUUCGAAUAGACCUUCUAGUCCUGUCGUUUUGCCAUCUACAAGUGAAUCAAAUGGAUCGAACCAAUUGACCUCUUGCACUAGUCGUUGCUCAGCCACUUUCAUGGCUUCCAAUUCAGAUCGUCCUCCCGUUUUACUGGGUACCAUAGUUCUAGAGAUUAGAGAUCGUUUCGGUAGUUACCAUAUCGUUCGGGCCUUGCUGGAUCCGGGCAGUCAAGCGUCCUAUCUUUGUUCGAGCUUAGCAAACAAACUUCGUUUGCCUAAGCUAACCAAUGCAGUGCCCAUCUGUGGUUUAGGGCAAGUCGCAACCAAAUCAUCGUCUAUAGUUACUGGAGAAAUUCGUCCCAGUGAUCGUACUGAUCCCACAUUUAAAGUAGAUUUUUUCGUUUUGGAUAAAAUUUGUGGCAACUUGCCAAAUGAUAAUGUCAGUUCUGAUGUCCCCAUGCCUGAUAGAGUUAGAUUGGCGGAUUAUGAAUGGCACAGAUCUCGUUCAGUUCAGAUGUUACUGGGCGCAGACAUCUACCCUCAAAUCGCUAGCCCUGGUCUAGAUAGGAGAUGUAGAAAUUUGGAACACCCUUUCUUGUUGGGUACAAUAUUUGGUCAUGUAGUGUUAGGUCCGGUCAAUGGCGCCAGGCCUCAACAAACCGUUACUUCGUUGUUUUCGUCGCUUAGUUCGGCUUCUUCCGUUCACUCGCCUUUGUCGUCCCUAGAUAAAGUCGUCGAGGAAUUUUGGAACGUCGAAGAAGUUCCGCCUGCACCAGCUGCAAUCACUCCUGAGGAUGAUCGCGCGGAAUCCAUUUUUAGAAAUUCGUUGUAUAGGGAACCAUCUGGUCGUUUUGGUGUUGCCCUCCCAUUCAAGAUUUCGAAACCUGCUUUCGAAAAUUCUCUUGAAGUUGCAAAUCGUCGUUUUCGUUCGUUGGAAAAUCGUUUCGUUGGCCAACCUCUGUUGAAGUUGGACUCUAGUCAUCUGACUCCAUUAGUUUCUCAAUUCGUUGAACAAUUAGUAAAUCGCUUCGCCCUAGGUUGCUUUGAGCUUCGCAAAUGGGCAUCCAAUCGUGUGAAAGUUUUAGAUUCGAUUCCUUUAGAUCAUCGUCAGCCUCAAGCUCUUUCGUUUGAUAGUGAAUCUUCCGACACUGUCAAAAUCCUUGGUCUUCAGUGGCGUUCAGCUUCUGAUUCUUUCGCUUUUGUUGUCAAUCCUCGUGACGUUUCGUGCACAAAACGCACACUUCUUUCGGAAUUAGCUCGUAUUUAUGACCCUCUUGGAUUCCUUGCACCAAUUAGUUUCGUCGCAAAGUGUCUCAUCCAACAGAUUUGGUUGUUAGGUCUUGGUUGGGAUGCAGAGCCUCCCAGUUGUAUCGUUUCGCAAUGGAAUCAAUUUAAAGUUGAAUUACCUCAACUCUCUUCGCUUCGUAUCCCUCGUGAGUUGACCCCGGGGGGUGAUUUUGGUUCUGAUUCGUAUCUUUGCACAUUGCAUGGAUUUUGUGAUGCGUCUGAACGUGGCUACGCCGCCGUAGUCUACCUUAGUUUUUCGUUUUCCGAUCGUAAAUCUUGUACUUGUUUAGUUAUUGCAAAAUCUAAAGUAGCUCCCCUCAAGCAGUUAUCCAUUCCUCGUUUGGAACUCUGCGCUGCAGCACUCCUGGCUAAAUUAGUCAAAUUCGUUUUGGACACUUUUCGUGAUAUUGUCGUUAUUGACAAAAUUUUCGCAUGGACUGAUUCUACAAUUGUCCUCAGUUGGAUUCGUUCGUUACCUAGGCAGUGGAAAGUUUUCGUCAGCAAUAGAAUAGCUUACAUUCAUGAACGCAUUCCUCCCGGAUGUUGGCGUCAUGUACCCUCUCAGAAAAAUUCUGCUGACUCAGCGUCUCGUGGCUUAUUGCCAAGUCAGCUACUUUCGCAUCCUUUGUGGUGGUCAGGCCCUGAUUUUUUGACUUUAUCACCUAAUUUCUGGCCUCCAGAGCCAAUAAACAUAAACAUGGCCGAUUGCAAUCGUUGCUUUCGCGUCAACCCCACUACUUAUUGUCCUCCUUCGGCACAUUUACCUUCCCUUCGGGUAAGCCAUCUUAAGGCCUUCAGUGUUGUAGGUUGUGAUUUUGCUGGGCCAUUUACUAUCACCGCAGCUAGAUUUCGUGGAGCAAAAACCCUAAAGUCGUAUUUGUGUAUUUUUGUGUGUUUCGCGACCAAAGCUGUGCACUUAGAAGUCGUUUCGUCGUUAUCUACUGAUGCCUUCAUUGGGUCAGUUAGACGCUUUAUAGCUCGUCGUGGACGUUGUGUCCAAAUUUUUAGCGAUUGUGGUACCAAUUUCGUCGGCGCGAAUAGAGAAUUUAAUCGGUUGAUGAAAAAAUCUGUUGAAUCCCAAGCUAUCGCGUGGUCCUUUAACCCUCCCUCUGCUCCGCACUUUGGUGGGCUUUGGGAAAGCGGCGUCAAAUCGGUAAAAAGACAUUUAGUUAGAGUUGUAGGGAACCAAAUCCUCACUUUGGAGGAAUUUAAUACUGUAGUUAUAGAGAUAGAAGCAAUUCUUAAUUCGAGACCUUUAUGUCCCAUUAGUACUGAUCCUAAUGAUUUAGCUAGCUUGACCCCUGGUCAUUUUUUAACCUUGGAGCCUUUGUCGUCCCCUCCGGAUCCAGACUUAUCCCACUUGAAAUCCUCGCGUCUAGCUCGUUGGCAAAUGGUGCAACACAUGCAGCAGUCAUUUUGGGCGCGUUGGAAAGCAGAAUACUUGCACACUUUGUAUCAGAAAAGCCAUCGGGCUACUGACAAAAAUCUCGUACCGGCCGACAUUGGCACCUUAGUUUUGAUUAAAGAUGAAACCACGCCUCCGUUAAAGUGGAGACUUGGUCGCAUUGACAAUCUUUUUCCCGGUUCGGAUGGAGUCGUUAGAGUUGCCUCCGUUCGUACAAUUCGUGGGGUUCUCAAACGCCCUUUAGUAAAAUUGUGCGCUUUGCCGUCACAAUAAUUUUCGUUUAUUUGCUUUGUUUAAUUUGUUUUAUAGUAAAUUCGUAGUUAGAAUUUGGUGGGCGGUAUGUUGCGUCCCCAAACUAGAAUAAAAUAUCCUUUCGUUUUUCCUUUAGUGAAAAUCCCCUGUACAUAACCGUUUUGCCUU